AUGGUCUUUUGGGAUAGGAUGAGCGAAGUAGAUUUGACACUGGAACCCGGUGUACUUGAUCUUCCUGGAAGCGAAGGUGGUAGUUUCCAACUACCAUGGAUCAUGGACCGCGCGUUCGAGUGCCUCGGAAGUGAGAUAAAUGAUAAGGCUUUUGUACUUGUUGAGAAAGCUAUCAGUGAUGCCAAAAACAAAAGUUUCCAUAAAGAGGGAAAUCGAACGGUCGGCGCGUCGUCACUAAGAGGCUACCUGGAGAGGAAGAAGGGAAUGUCGGAUAAAGACAUCCAGAAAAGCGGAAAGAUAGCAGUGAACCGAAUUCGUGACGGCUUCAUUGCCUUCAUCUACAUAAACAGAUGUCGAUCAGAAUUCAGCAAGACCAUGAAGGACAUUUAUUUGAACUUCAAAUUUGCCGAAAAUGUCUACAACGAAAGGUACAAAAAUAAACCGGACUCUGAGAAGGUACAACUUGCCGACUUCAUGUCAAAGAAGUUCAAGUGA